AUGGUGGCCGCCUGGCAAGGCGCCCUCACAAGAGCUUGCAGGAUUCAGCUCGCCGCCGAUCGAGCGACGGACUACGUCAGGCGCCGCGUCGCACCCAUGUUGAGAGGCCACUUCUCCGGCGUCUGCAGCGCUCAACGCACUCCGCGCGCCGCUCACGUCGACGGUGGCUCGCUGCGCACUCGAUCAGCGCGCGUGUGCGCCCUGCGCGGCGGCGCAUUCGCGGCCACGCAGCGCGCACACGGGGCACAGAGCCGUGCGCAUGCGGAUUUAGGCGCAAGAUUUCACGCAUUCAGCGCCAGCGGCGGCCAGAGCCGUACAUUGGCCACACACGCACUACGGCACGGCGGCUGCCUUUCGCGCGCGGUCUCCGGGUCGAACCGACACGCCUGCAAUCUCAGGGAGAUGUCCCAGUCCAGGAGCUUCAACGCGGCGGUCAGUCUUCCUCGCAUCAAGUACUGGAGAGCCGGAUCCGUGGGUGCUGGUGCCUCCAUGGCUACGGCACCUUGUGCGCUCCCGCUGCAAACGGUCGUCGUCGACUUCGACGAAACCUUGACAGAAACCGACACGACCUUCCUGCUCGGGCAGCUCGCGGCGGAGAGCGCGGGCCCCGCUGGCAGCAGCGAGCGCGCACGUCGCGAGCAAGAGUGGGCAGCGGCGGUCGACAACUACUCCGCGAAGUACGCCGAAUGGUCGCGGAACCACCCGUUUCCCAGCGCCGCGGAGCCCGGCUGGCUCCAGAGCUGGUACGCGGCGGCGGACACCUUUGACAAGUCGAUGGUUGCCGCGGUGUCUGAGCCGCGCGUGCUGCGCGGCAUCCCCGCCGAGGUGCUCAGAACGGCCGCCGCCGACCGCGUGCAGCUCAGGCCCGGCGCUGCGGCGGCGCUGCGGGCGCUCGCGCGCGCGGGCGUCCCGCUGAGCGUGCUUUCUGUCAACUUUAGCUCCGAAAUGAUCUGUGCGUGUCUGCGGGCGAACGGCGUGGUGUCCGAGGCUGGAAGGAAGGUGGCGAUCUUCGCGAAUGAUCUGGCGGUCGACGACGCGGGCGCGACGACGGGGGAGGUGGCCAUGCGGUGCAAUUCCGGGUCAGACAAGCGCGUGCGCAUGCGGGCGCUGCUGGCGGCCGCGGCCGCGCAGUGCGCGCCGGGCCUCAGCGCGUACGUCGGGGACUCCGCCGGCGACGUGCCGGCGAUGCUGCUGGCGGACGUUCCGAUCCUCGUCGGACAGUCCGGAUCCGCUCGGAAGGCCAUCGCCGCUGCCGGGGCCCGCCUCGUGCCUUUGUCAGGGACAGACCCCUCCCAGAUUGGGGGGCGUACCGGCCCGCUCGUCGUGUACGAGGCCGCAGGGUGGGACGAAAUCGGCGCGCUGUUCGAAGCGCUCGCGGGAGCGCGGUCGGGAGAGGACACGGCGUCGUCAGCGGCCCCGCGCGCGCCGCGAAACAUGCCCCGCGUGCUUUCGAUCGCCGGGUCGGACAGCGGCGGCGGCGCGGGGAUCCAGGCGGACCUGAAGGCGUGCGAGGCGCUGGGGGCGUUCGGCAUGACGGCCAUCACGGCGGUGACGGCGCAGAACACGCGGGGGGUGCAUGGGGUGGUGUCUGUUGACUCAGGAUUCCUGGAGCUGCAGAUCGACAGCUGCCUGGGCGACAUCGGCGCGGACGUGAUCAAGACGGGCAUGCUCCCCACGCCCGAGGCCGUGCGGGCGGUCGCGGCCGCCGUCGACAAGCAUGGGGUACGGAAUGUGGUUGUUGACCCGGUGCUGGUUGCCACGUCCGGCGACGCGCUCGCGGAGUCCGACAGCGCCCACGCGAUGCGCGAGGAGCUCUUUCCGCGCGCGACGAUCAUCACGCCCAACGUGCCCGAGGCCGAGGCGCUCCUGGGCCGCAAGAUCGCCACCGUCGACGACAUGCGCAUGGCUGCCCGCGAUCUCCACGCAAUGGGCCCGCGGUGGGUCCUGGUCAAGGGCGGGCACCUCGUGGGGUCAGAGGACAUGUCCGGCGGCGUCGUCGACGUGCUCUUCGACGGCGUCGACGCAAGAGACCUCGAGGGGAGUCUCGUUGCGUCAGACAACACGCACGGCACGGGCUGCACGCUCGCGAGCUCGAUCGCGGCGGGCCUCGCGCGCGGCAUGCCCGUCGAGGCCGCGGUCCGCGCCGCGAAGCAGUACAUUCAGGAAACGAUCGCGGCGUCGGCCGGGCUCGGCACCUCUCUCGGCGACGGCGUGCAGCGGCCGCUGUUGCACGGCAGCGCCCUGCGGGCGUCGCGGCGGGUGGCAUCGCGGCGCGCGGGGGCCAGCGCGGCAGCUGCGGCGCAGUAUUUGAAGGUGUACGGCGUGACGGAUCCCGGGUGCGAUGAGCGGACGGGGCGCGGGACGGAGGAGCAGGUGAGGCGGGCGGUGGAGGGCGGGGCGACGAUUAUUCAGCUGCGGGAGAAGGAGGCCGGGGGCGGGGACUUCGUGCGGCAGGCGCGGGCGGCGCUGGCGGUGUGCCGCGCGCACGGGGUUCCGCUGAUCAUCAACGACAGGGUGGACGUCGCGCUCGCCGUCGGCGCCGACGGCGUGCACGUCGGGCAGUCGGACAUGCCCGCCCGGGACGUGCGCGCGCUCAUCGGCCCCGACCGCAUCCUGGGGGUGUCUUGCAAAAGUCCCCCCGAAGCCCACGCCGCCGAGGCGGACGGGGCCGACUACAUCGGCGUCGGCGCCGUCACGGGCACGCCCACGAAGAAGGACAGCAAUCUGAUCGGCAUGGGGGGACUAAAGGAGGUGUGUCGGUCUACAUGUCUCCCCGUAGUUGCCAUCGGGGGCGUCGACGCCGGAAACGCGGCGGAGUGCAUUGCGGCGGGCGCGCAGGGCGUCGCGGUCGUGCGCGCGAUCUUCGAGGCCGCGGAUCCCGCGGCGGCGGCCAGGGAGCUCCUCGAGAUCGUCGAGGGCGCGCUGGAACAGCAGCUACGGUGA